AUGGCCAAGCUCCUCGUCUUAGUCGGCACGGGUCCUGGCAUUGGCCUCUCGACCGCCACGCUGUUCGCCUCCAAAGGCUUCAAUGUCGCGCUCCUCUCCCGCAACGCCGCCCGCCUUGAAGAAGACGCUAAACAGGUCGGUGCGGCAGGCCAAGGCAAAGUCAAGGUCAUGUCUUUUCCUGUCGACGUAAGUGAUCACGUCGCUCUGAAGAAGACCUUGGGCGAGGUCGAGCAGCAGAUAGGAAAGCCGGAAGUGGUGGUUUUCAACGCGGCGAGGAUCGCGCAAUCGAUCAUUGGCGAGACGAGUGAGGAGGAUAUCAUUGGAGAUUUCAAGGUGAGAGGGCUAUUCCCUGAGCUAAGACAAACGCUUACGAAGGCCAAGUUGAUGAAUAUUGGCCAAUAUGUUGCUGCAUCCUGGGCAUUGCCAUUGUUGGAAGAGGUAGCCAAGGAACCAGGCACACAUCCGUCGUUUUUCCUCAACAGCUCGGGGGUCUCAUAUGAUCCCAUACCGUUCAUGUUGUCGCUGAGCAUGAUGAAGGCGGCGCAGAACAACUUCUUGGGUAGCUUAGCAAAGGUGGCGGGGCCGAAGGGGGUGCAUGUAGGCAGAAUCGACAUCAAUGGCGUGGUCAGUGACCAAGAGGAGGUGAGGAACGCUAAGCAUAUCGCGGAACAAUUGUGGGAGCUGUAUCAGCAAGACAAGGAUAAAUGGAGCUUUGUGGAGGACUGCGGCGAUAUGGAUGGGCUCCUGAAGUCAGUUGGGGUGGAGAGUAAGAGGAUCGUUCCAGCAUAA